GGAUGUGAGGAGUUUCCUCCCCCUCCGAUCCGAAGUGGACUCGUCCGUCCGUGUCUGGCCUGGGUUGGGCUGACGCCGCUGAUGUUCGUGGGUCCAUAUUUGGUCCAACUGUGAGAGGGUGAACACAUCAGCUGUGUACUCGCAAGGAUUAUAGCUAUUUUUUUGGAUUAUUUACCGUCGAUUACCGGUCUUGACUGUCGAAGUUUGCUCGUUGUGGAUUUAACUACUGAUGCACAUUUGUGGAAAUAGAGUCCUUUGGAGCGGAGGCUGAGGACAUGAUGACGUUCAAGUCGUGUGCUGGACGGUGAUGUCACAGGAUGGCCGCAGUCAAGGCGGGGGCGGCGCGGGCGGGGGCUGCGGGGGGUCAGCCACCAAUACCAGCCCCCAGGGCAGCCCCAUCACCCUCUCCGUGCCCCGCCCCGACCACCAACGCACCACCAACUUGUACGUGGACACCCCCUUCAAGCAUCGCGUGGCGCCUCGCCCCCCACGACCCCCCCAGCAACACCAUCACCUCCACCACCAUCACCUCCAUCACCAUCACCACCACAACACUUCCUCCUCGCUCUCGUCCUCUUCGUCGUCUCCUACGACCGGCGGACGAACCCACGUGGACCUUGCCCUGGUGCAUGGCGCCCCCGCCCGCACCAGCGGAAAGAGACCUACAAAGCUCGCCACGUCCCCCACUGGAGGCGUGACUGGGGCGCCCGUUAAGGGCGGCAACAACAACAACUCCUCCAUUUCCACAAACGUCAUUUCGUCGUCGUUGUCGUCGUCGUCGUCUUCGUCGUCAUCGUCGUCGUCGUCGACGUCGACGUCAACGACGCUCCAGCAGAGCGGAAGUCGGACGCCCGUCAUCAUCAGCAAGCAGCCCGCCGCCGCCCUCACCUUCACGAAGGGCAGGCGGGAUGACGCCGGCAGCGGCGGCGGCGACGGGGAGUCGAUCAUCUGCUCCUGGUGCGGGCGGUGCAGGUGCGAGGCCUGCACCACGCCGCGUCCCCCUCCGGCCGCCUGGCUGUGUCGUAACAAGUGCCUCUGCUCGCCCGCAGCUGCUGUGGACUAUGCGUCGUGUCUGUGCUGUGUGAAGGGCGUCCUCUACCACUGCGGCAAGGACGGCGAAAGCAGCGGCCUGGCCGCGGCCGCAGACCACCCCUGUUCCUGCGGGGGGCCGCACGCGGCCCUCAGUUGGGCGUGCAUGGCGGUCGCCUCCAUCCCCCUGCCCUGUCUCCUGUGCUACUGGCCCCUGACCGGGGCGCGGCGCGUCGUGGAGACCACCUACCAGCGCUGCACCAGCCACGGGUGUCGCUGCCCCCAGGGGCGCAACCCCCGACUGCAGCAGCAGCCGCCGCCCCCGCCCCCGCCCGAAAAGCGCCCUCUUCACGACUGCGCGUGAGGGACGGGCGGCGCUGCUGCUGCUGCCGCCGCCGCCGCCGUCACGAGGGGCUGCUUCUCCAUUACUAGUACUACUCUACUACUGUGACGACUACCACGACGUGUAUAGCUAGCUGUAUAGCUGCCGCCGCCGCCGCCGCCGCCGCCGCUGCUGCUGCUGCUGCUGCUGUUGCUCUGCUGCUGAUACCCGAUCGCUCUACCCAUGGUGGGAAAAGAGGAAGGGGCGGCGUCGCUCGCCCACGGUACCCUCUCGAGCUUUAAUGAAUCCCCAUGGUUUUGCUGCUGGCGGUGACGACGACGACGACGACGCUGAAGAAGAAGAAGAAGUAGAAGAAGAAGAAGAAGAAGAAGACGUUUGCUGCUGCUGGGAGGGAGCAGAGCGGCAGUGGAUGGAUGGAUCGAGCGCCCAUCUUCUAGUCAGGGCCCACCCCCAGCCGCCGCCGCAGACGCAGACGCAGACGCAGACGCCCACCAGCCAGCGAGCGAGCGCCCCUUGGCAGCAGCAAUUGCACAUUCAGGGAUCAAGGCCGAACCACCCCACCAGUUGAUAAGAGUGGGUGGGUGGGCGGGCAUGGCGGGCGGGCGGGCAGGCAGGUAGUCAUCAUCAGUCAGUCUGUCAGUCAGAUGUGCAGGCGGCAAACACAGACAUCAAGCAACAUGUCCCUCUUGUCAUUUGUUAAUUUAUUCAUUUUUUAAAAUAUAUAUACUACUGCUUCUUCAACACGCUCCUCCAGUUUGAGUUGACACACACACACACAUGAAUGGGGCGGCAGCAGAUUCUUUGGCGGAACAGAUGAGCAAAUGUUGCAGUUGGUGGAGAUGAGGAGAGAGAUAGAGAGAAAGAGAGUCGAUGGUGAAGAAAAAUGUUGAAGAAAGAUAAUGUGCCAGUAUUUGCAAAGAAUAAAAUAAAAAGACAAGGAUUCCUAAGCUGUUUGAGUACAGUUGUUGUUGUUGUUGCUGCUGCUGCUGCCUCUGCUGUUGCCUGUACCGUUGGUGUUGUUCAGCCAUGGGCGGCCGAUCACGCCCACCAUCGCCGCCGCCUGCCGCCCACACGCAGCCACCCACCUGACCACCUUGACUGGAGUGGCCCAACAACCCCCAGUACCUUCUAGUCGAUCAAUUCAUGUUGUUGCGCGAAUGUUAUUAUUAUUAUAAAUAAAUAAAUAAUAAAUAAAUAAUAAUAAUUAAUAAUGAUAAUAAUGAAAUAUGUGGCGAAAAGAAGGCCCCGCGACGGGACAGGAAUGUGUAAUCCUCUCCCCCCCCCUCCCCCAACACCCCCCUCCAUCUCUCCUUCCUUUCAUCAUCAUUUUUGUAAUUCUUCCCUCCUCCCUUGGUGACUCUGCAAUAGGGCAAAAGACCUGAAAUAAAAAAGCGAGCCUGGAACCCGGCUUAUAAAGGCCACAGAGGCUAAACAAGAGAUAUAUAUAUAUAUACAAACCCACAUAUAAAAAAAAUGAGCAUAUAUAUAUAUUUAUAUAUAUACUAGUUCUCUCGUAGGCGAUACUGCGAACGUUUCUCUCUCUUCACGUUGCGGCUCUGAUGAUGACCGAACUCUGGCUCUUCCAAUCGUUUGUGAAAAUUCAUUUGGGUUUUCCUUCUAAUUGUUCUGUUCCAUUAUCAAAUGUGGAAGAAAAGUGUAUAUGUUUUUUUUUUUUCCGAGAAACAGUGCUGCGAAGUUGUAACUUUCACGAUUUCGGAGAUUUGUGAAGGUUCAUUGUUACUGAGUGGAAAUUUUUUUUUCUAUUUAUUAAUGGAAAAACUGACAAAUUAUCAUUUGAGAAUGUGAAACGGUUGACAUAAGUAAUGACGAGAUAAAAUGCAGAACAAUGUUUCGGUCUGUAUCAAACUGGCUUCGCAACGUGGAAUUUUUAAUUUUUCUUUUGAUUCUGUCAUUCAAGGACCUUUGUUUUUAUUUAUUCUGGACUGACGAAGAAAAGUGUCAUGAUGAUUUCCGACACCUUUGUACGCGUGAAAGGUGUCGGCCAAGUUUGUCAUGUAACCUGUAAUGCCAACCGAAAACACGUGCUUUGUGAACGCCUGAUCCUGUUCUCUCAGCUGUCAAGAAAAUGAUUAUGUCUACUAGGGUCUCGAAUGUUAUAUCUGUUAACUACUUCAAUUCUUACUGCCAUGAUU